CUCAACGCCAUUCAACUUUCAUUCAUACUUAAAAAUCCUCUAGUCACCCUGACAUACAAUUGAAGAUGGCACAAAUCGCGGAGGGUAACUACUAGCCACGGCAGCAGCAAGAGGAAAUCAACGACAUUUCCGGAAACUUCACAAGUUUGCCGAUCUCUCAUUGAAGGUGAUGUGGGGUUUUCAGCGACCAAGUUAUGAUGAUGUGAUCAGGGGUUUACAGCGACUACGUUAUGAUGAUGUGAUGUGUGGUUUUCAGCGACCAAGUUAUGAUGAUAUCAGGCCUCUUUCAGAUCUAACAAGUCCGAAUUCUUAUUCAGACAUUCCUCAAUAUCCCGAGAUUGACAAAAGAGAGAAACCGAAUCUACCGAAUGGCGGUCUAACUAAAGGCCUAGAGAUAUCUACAGACGCUUACAACAACGUAUGUAUCCCUCUGUUUGAAGCAUCCAUGAAAUGCCACUGGAAUGCUGCUAAAGCCAUUUUUGAUCAGAACCCGGACUGGUUAAGGUACAGCAUCACCGAAAACGGAGAAACCGCACUUCACAUUGCAUCGUCCAAAAAUAGAAGCAAACAUGCGGAGAACUUUGUGAAAAACUUGGUGACUCUUAUUACCCCGGAAGAUUUGGAGUUUCAAAAUGAAAAUUUCAGCACCGCCCUCUAUACAGCAGCUGUAGCUGGAAACAUCGAAACGGUUAAGAUUAUGGUGGAAAGGAACAAAAAAUUGCUGACAAUCAUGGGUGGUAAUGUUGAUGCUAAAUUACGAAUGAUGCCACUUCAUGCGGCUGCCCUGGUUGGAAAUCAUGAAGUAGUCGAGUAUCUUUAUGAAAAUUCCAAUGACUUGAGUGGUGAAAAUUGGGAUAACAAGACUCGUAGUUGGCUUCUUGAGAAAUGCGUGGAAGGCGAUAUGUUCGAUGUCGCCCUAAAUAUAGUCAUAAAAGAUCCGGCACUUGGAAAUGCUCAAGUACUUAAAAUUUUAGCUGGAAAGCCUGAUGCGUUUUUUGAAAGGAAAUCAAAUUGUAUCAAAAGAAGAAUGCAUUCAGCUUUUGCAUUAAUUGGUUUAGCGGGGGGAGCUUAUGAAGAGACAAGUAAAGCAUUGCAAGUAUUGCAAAUCAUCUGGGAAGAUAUUGCCAAACAGCGUAAGACUGAUAUUGACAAUAUACUAAGAGGCCCACUUGAUUCACAAAAUCUCAUUCAACUUCUGCCAAUACAGAAACUUAUUUAUAAACAUCUUGGCAACCUACGUGAACAAACCAAGCAAAUUGAAAUGACCUCGUCCCAUCAAAAUACGUAUAUGCGUUUAGAUGAACUAUUUCAUAACCAUCUAAACAAUAUAUUCGAUGAAAGCAAGAACUUCACUAAGAAAGACUAUAUACCCAUUCAUCGUAAGGGAGGUCGAACUAUAGAACUCCAAAAUCUCAUUUAUGAACAUAUUGUGAACAUCUAUGAUGAAAUCCAAAACAUAAAAAUGCAUCCAGAUGCAGCUGCAGAUGAAGUGGCAGACGAAUGUCAAAGAUACCUACAAAAGCUCAUUUCUAAACAUAUUACUGAAAUGUAUGCCCUAGUGGGAUUGAAUAGAGAAAAAUACUCUUCUCGGAUACCAUUUAUUGCUGCAGAAAGAGGGAACACCAAAUUUUUAGUUGAGCUCAUUCAUCGAUGUCCUGAUGUAAUAUGGAAAGUUAAUGAUGACAAACAAACUAUAUUUCAUAUUGCUGUCAAAUAUCGUCAUGAGGGUAUCUACAAUCUAUUGUACGAGAUAGGCUCAAUGAAGGAUUUUGUAAUUCGUCGUGAAGAUAUAGAUGAUAACAAUAUGUUGCACUUGGUUGGAAAGCGAGCAACGAAAGAGCGACUUGCAAUUGUGUCCGGACCUGCUUUGCAAAUGCAGAGAGAACUAUUAUGGUUCAAGGAAGUAAGAAAUAUGAUGCACCCUGAUUUUAGGGAACGGAAGAACAAAGACGGUUUAACACCACGCGAGUUAUUCACAAGGGAGCAUAAAGAACUUAUUAAGGAAGGUGAGGAGUGGAUUAAAGGAGUGGCUAGUCAAUGUAUGGUUGUUGCAGCGCUUAUUGCCACAAUAGUAUUUGCAGCUGCCUUUACAAUUCCAGGUGGGUAUAAUCAGAACGAUGGUAUCCCUAUUUUCUAUCGGAAGCCAAUCUUUGUUGUCUUUGUAGUGGCAGAUGCCAUGUCCUUGUUCUUAUCAACAACUUCCAUACUCACCUUCUUAUCCAUCCUAACAUCUCGUUAUGCCGAACAUGAUUUUGUGGAAUCACUACCUAAAAAGUUGAUGUUAGGCAUAUCAACUCUUUUUCUAUCUAUAACAGCCAUGAUGGUCACUUUUAGCGUCAGCUUCUUCAUAAUAUAUCACAAAGAAAUGAAAUGGAUACCUAUUGUUAUCAGUUUGUUUGCCGUCACUCCAGUCAUUCUAUAUAUUGUGCUACAAUAUCAUCUAUUAGUGGAUGUAAUUCGCUCAACAUAUGGUUCCAAGUAUCUCUUUAAGCCAAAGAAACAAGUUCUGUACUAUGAAAACCCCAAGGUCUAACAUUCGUUUUCUCAUUGUAAUGGGUUUCAUUUCGAACUGUGCUAUUUGAUGGGUGUAAAUUGUUUGUGGAUGAUUGUUGGUUUCUCAAAAGAGGAUUGUAUUGCAUCAAUGUAUUCUUGAUAUGUUCACUUAUUGCAUUGUUGGGCGUAUUUGUACUUAAGGUUGUGUGUGAUCGGUAUCGCCGUAGCCGUAUAUAGAAAAAUCUUUAUUAUCAACCAAUGAUGUUAUAAGCAAUGUUCUCAGACCCGGACCGGACCGACCGGUCCGACCGGACGGGCCGGGAUCCGCUGUCUUCGGCGGGCCGAUUCACCACAACAGACCGGAUCUGCAUUUAGCCGGAGGUUCGGCCGACAGCCGGCGGUUCGGCCGGAAUUUCACUGAAAGAUCGGACCGGAUGUGCUUGUUUCUGUUGAGAGGUUGCAGGUUAUACAAGUG